AGACUCCGGAUCAAAUAACAAGACAAUGGCCACCAAGAUGCACCAUCAAUUUUUAUUACAACCACCAGUACCUGGUAUUAAGUAUCAAUGGAACCCGGAAUCUAUGCAUGUUUUUUGUUUUUGCCAUAAAUUGGCUUUGAUUGUCAACGCAGGACUUGCUGCACUUGGAAUCAGGUGCUUGGAAUCAAGGCGCCGUCACCAGCUAAAGUCAAAAUGGCGGCUUGUGGCAUCUUUCCAACUAUUGGUACCAUCACCAAGGAGGACGAAGAAGAACUGCCAGAAGAUCAAGUUGCUGAACACGAUCUGGAUGAUUUGGACGACUCACAACCUCAAGAAGCAAUUAAAGAGGCAGCGGCUCCAAUCAAUGACGAGGAUGACUGGGACCUUGCCGAUGCUGAGGAUGAUGUCAUUCCGGCUGUUGUUUUGGAAGCAGAAGUGGCUCCAACUCAUCGUCGAGCAGCUAAUGAUGUCGACUUCACUCUACGCAAGAUCGACUUUAUCAUCAGGCGUAUCACACGCUCAGCGGCAUGGCGCAAAUAAUUUGAGCGUGUAAGUGCAAAGAAAGGUUUCAAAGGCUGUGUUUCAAAGGCUCCCUCAUUGCUGGGUAUGGUAUCAGGUGGAACAUCAAGUAUGAGAGUCGGCACAAGGCCUGGCUUGCAAAGGAUGUUAUCAAUCAACUGUGUAAAGAAGAUUUGGACCGAGUUCUCGCCGUUGGUCGCCGCCCAAGAAAGAAUGGUAAGCCUUAUGGUUACUUCCAUUCUUUGGAAAUGACAACUUCCGAGUGGGCUCAAGUCC